UGACUCUGUUCAGCCAUUUUAAAAUCCGCCGAGUUGGGCAUCUCUUCCUCUCUGGUUAAUAUCUAUCUUUGUGUGGCUGUCUGACUCCGGUCGGCCAUUUUGUGUAGGUUAUUCGACGUCGGUUUUACUAGCUAGCACACCAGGCCGAAGACUUCCAAGAAACUGAACAAAAAAAAAAAAAGCCGUUUUUACAACAAAACAUCGUUCAAUAAUGGGUCCACCAGGAGACAACCUUGAUCGUGUGUCCUCUGAAAGAACGGAGGAUUUAAGUUGGUUUGUCAAUUUAUCUUGACAUGGCAUGUAAAGGUUAGUUUGGUGGUUGUGACGACUGAAGAAAAAGUACGGAGAAAAGAAAACAACAAAAAUCCCAAACGCAGAUAAAAUAGCUAACACCUCAAAUUCAGCGUGUGAAAAGAGAUUUGUUUGACUACGUUUGUUGUCUCGACGGGAAUCCUAAACAUCAUGAUGAUAUUGAAGGAAAUUGUCAUUUAAUUAAAAAAAAAAAAUGACAGGACACGAACAGUUAAACCAAGCCAACCGUACCGACAUUAAUAAAUAGCAAACCGGACAGUAAAAGUCGUUGGAAAUGUAAAAUGGAAGAUAACCGUCAGCUAACUAGCUAACCGCACGAAAUAUAGGCCUCAAUUACACCAAGUAACAAAACACAUAUGAUGUAGCUAGCUAGUUAAUCCACUAACUAGUUAGUGUUUUGAAGUGUAUACUGCUUAGCUAGCUCAUGUUAGCUAAUCAGCUAAAAAAAAGGAACUAAAAAUUACUCCCCGUCCGUCACUAUGAGUAUCGACAAUGGAAGUAAACAAGGCCGUGGGACAGUUCAAUGGUCGUAAAACCCGACAUGUCAAACUGCUUGGUAAACGUCAAUGUUGUAACCUCAACCUGGUGCCAACAUCUGCUAUCCAACGUUUACUUUUUCCCCCACGAUGGUUGUCUGUAAAACCCCCAGUCUUGUCGGUGUAACUCUUCGGAUAAAUGAACACAAACCGCGGCAGUCAUGGACGAAGCGUUGACUUUGAGAAGACGAGAGGAUAUUGUCUUGUUAGUUUUGAGUCGUAGCCUUGUAUUUCACUAGUGUCGGUAUGGGUUUUUUUUAGGGGGGAAAUAGCUAUCCUUUCUGUUUAAGUAGUUGUUGUCAGUAACGUAAAAGGAAAAAGGUGCACCUAAAUACGAUUUGUUCAUGUUAUCACUAAUGUGUUGAAUUCAAGUUUAAUUUGGCCUGUAUUCGAAUGUCAUGUUUUUAAUCACAUGGCUUCUUCAGUAAUUAAUCAAACAAAUGUAGCGAACUAUUGAUUAAGAAACCCUCCCCCACACACACACACACACUUUCGUAUAAUCCAUUUAAAUAAAUACAAAUGACAUAGUUUGAUAUUUAAUAAAUUCCUCCUUCAGUUAGUAGGUAUUUCUAAAGAGAUGGUUUAGAAUUAUUUGAUUUCUAGAUUCUGUAAAGGGGGGUAGUAGCUACAUCUGAAAAGUAAAUAGACAACUCGAAAGUAUAGGCAAAAUAUUCUGUAAAAGAGAAGACACUAGCAUCAAAAUCUAAUAAUGGGGGACCCAAUCUCGAGAAGAAACCAAACUAGGAAUCGACUCCGUGCUCAGAUUCAGAAGAAAAGGGAAUCAUUGGCUGACCAGUUUGACUUCAAGAUCUACAUAGCCUUUGUUUUCAAAGACAAGAAGAAGAAGUCAGCUCUGUUCGAGGUAGCUGAAGUGCUACCGGUGAUGACCAACAACUAUGAAGAGAAUAUCCUGAAAGGUGUACAGGAUUCCAGCUAUUCCCUCCAGAGUUCCAUGGAACUUAUGCAGAAAGAUGUUGUGCAGUUGCACGCACCACGUUACCAAUCCAUGCGCAGGGAUGUCAUAGGAUGCACCCAGGAGAUGGACUUCAUCCUGUGGCCGCGUAACGACAUCGAGAAGAUAGUCUGUCUCUUGUUCUCCAGAUGGAAGGGGGCUGAGAACGAACCCUUCAGGCCUGUUCAGGCCAAGUUUGAGUUUCAUCACGGAGACUACGAGAAGCAGUUGUUGCACGCUGUCGGCAGGAGGGACAAGGCUGGAAUGGUUAUGAACAACCCGACUCAGUCAGUCUUCCUCUUUAUGGACCGACAGCACUUACAGACUCCUAAAACCAAGGCUACAGUUUUUAAGUUGUGCAGCCUUUGCCUCUACCUGCCCCAGGACCAGCUAACGUGCUGGGGCGUUGGUGACAUCGAAGACCAUCUCCUCCCGUACAUGCCUGACUAGGGCCCAGCCGGCCCUCCAUGGCCUCCACAACACAAGGAAGAUUUAACCCACAAGCCACUGAAACAAGUUGAUCUCUCUCUCUCUCUCUCUCUCUCUCUCUCUCUCUCUCUCUCUCUCUCUCCGCCCACCCACCACAGUUUCUUCUUCUGAAUUGAACUGGUGCUUGGAUAUCCCGUUUUGUUGUCAAACACUUGUUCAUUCAUUAAUUUCCGUCCUCCUGAAGCAUAUUUGUUUUUCCUUACCAAGCUUCCUCUUCCUACCAGUUUUGGCUUGGUUUUCCCUCUUUUUUUUAUCCCUCCAUUUUGUUUAUUUUGAACCUGCACAAACAUUGAUUUUGAGUGGUUGGUUAUUCCCCUGGAGCUGCACUGUCAACGACACAGACCAGUCCAGUCACUGAAGGAACUGUUUAUGUUGCUACCAAGCAGGAACAAAGCCACACAGGCUUUCAUGACGUUCAGUCUCUGCUGGACACAUUGUAACUCAUGUCAUAAGAUUUGUAAAAGCUUCUGUCAUUUCAAAAGAUGUGUUUUAAAAGACGGGGGAAAGAUGCCCAUUCUAGAACGAUUAGCUACAAUCUAUGAUGACAGGUGAGGUUUUGUUAAAACGUCUCCCUUUAAAGAUAAAUGGUGAACAGUUUUUCAAAAAUCAUUUGGUAUUUGCUUCUUUGUUUUCCUUUUAAGCCUCCUUUGUUUGAAGCUGUGUUUUUUUUAUUUUUUAUUAUAUAUAUAUAUUUUUUGGGGGGCUGUCAUUUGCAUUCCUGUGAAAUAUGGCGGGUAGAUAAUUUUGGUAAGAGCUGGAGUAUAGAUGAUAACUGUUGGGAGGGAGUUUUGAGACCGGUGUUGUGAAUCGCAUGGUGCGGACAGACACACAGUGUCGAUGUUGGUUAGAUGCUGAAGCUUGUUACCAUGCAAGCCAUUCAUGCUACUGAAAUCUCAUGUUUUUUUUUUUUUGUUUUGUUGUUUGUUCCCCAAGUGGGUUGGCAAGGGUGAAUGUUGGAACUAAUGUUAAAAAGAUAAUGUACCUAACAAUGGAAAGCUUGUUGAGUUGAAAUGAAUGUGAUCGCCAGAUUUAUGUUCCUAAAUUUGACCAACAAAGCUAUCCUAAAAGUACUAAUUGAUGCGGUGCUUAUAAAAUGGGUGUGUUUUUAUUUUUAUUUUGCAAGCUUGUUCUGCUGGGGGAAAUAAGGCACAGUUGGUAAUUUUAAUUUAGGUUUUUCUUUUGAUUCAAUGCGUCCUCCCGAAGGCGGGGUCGACCCCCGGCGUCCCCCCCGAGUUUAUUCUUUUAUUUUGAAAUUAAUCUAGAAAACAACACUGCUGAACAUAUCCCAAUACAAUGCCAACUUAAAAGUA